UAGAUAGGGGGCGUGGUCAUGGUCACGUGAUUGCCGAAGCUGUCUAUCGCAGCGUGUGAGGGAGUCGGUGGCCGCCCGGUGAGUCUGGGCUCCCGAUAGGUCCCAUCAGGAUGUCGAGACACCUGAGAUUCGUAGCUCGCACUGUUAUGGUCCAGAAUGGAAACGUUGACGGGGCCUACAAGAUGUUGAACAGAAUCCUAACGGUGGAUGGAAUUGUAGAUGAAGCCAAGCGCCGGCGUUACUAUGAGAAACCGUGUAAUCAGAGGAGGAGAGAAAACUAUGAAAACUGCCGGCGGAUUUAUAACGGUGAGAUGGCUCGCAAGGUGGCAUUCCUGAUGCGCAAGAACCGGGAGGAUCCAUGGCCUGGGUGCUAGGGAGAGGCUGCCGGGAACCUCGGAUGGUACGAUCCUUCCUUUAUAUCAAGAGACAUUCUGUACAUGUGACUCUCACUCUCAGGGUAAACGGUUUAUUCUGAGACCCAUAACACUGACACCAAGAUCUGCUGUCCUGGAACGUUCCUGCCUUUUUAAAAUGAACAAUAAACUUAAUUUAAAUAUUA